CGGCUGUGAGCUGUGGCAGGAAGCUCCGGCCCCGCCGCUGGUUCGCACUUCACCAGUGCAGCUCUGAGUGUUUUGGUUUCCUGUCCUCCAGACCCCGUCGUGUCCCCUCCGCCUGCCGCGUGUCCUCCCGACUCCUCCACGCCAUGGAGGAUGAGGAUGGCUACAUGGCCUUGGACAGGCGAUGCAAGCGGGGUGCUGUGGAGAAGCCGGGACCCCUCCAGGACGCAGGACCUGCCACGAAAGACCCCGAGACGGGGUUUGCCCCAUGGUGGAUUCACAUCCCCAAGCAAUCCCCCCGCUGUCUCCUCGGGGCCUUGAUGACCGUUCUGGUGCUGUCCUUUGUGAUAUGCGUGUCUUGGCUGCUGGUGGAGAGGCAACGGCCCCCGGGGGCCGUGGGGUGCAGGAACGCGUCGCAGGGACAAAGCUUUGCCACCCUGGACUGCACCCACCUGGGGCUGAGAUCGAGCCUGUGCCCCCCCGGAGACGGUGGGGGCUGCAAGCUCUGUCCCGUGGGGUGGACGCUGCAUGGGAGCAAGUGUUUUUGGGUCGCCAGCAAGAGCAGCUCCUGGAGGGAGAGCCGGGAGAACUGCAGCCGUCAGAGCGCCCAGCUGCUGGUGCCAGAGGACCAGGGCGAGCUGGACUUCCUAAAUCGAGUCAUACAGAAACCCACGCGCUACUUCUGGGUCGGCCUCUCCCAGCCCUCCGUGGGGAUGGGUUGGACCUGGCUGGAUGGCUCCCGCCUGGACCGGAGCCGGUUCAACCUGAGCACCCUGAACGCCAGCGGAGCCUGCGGGGCGCUGAGGGAGGACAGGAUCAUCUCCGAAACCUGCGGCUCUGCCUUGGCGUGGAUCUGCCAGAAAGAGGCCGUCCUGCUCUGAGCAGGGCAGAAAUUGGGCGGCGACUUGGAAAAAAAAAAAAAAAAAAAAGAACAAAAAAAAUCCACUUUGCUUUCAAAAUAAAGUCUCACCCCUGUGGGCUUUGUGUUCUCUGCUAGGGCUGCUGUAAUUUCAGCAUGCAAGGGAUAUUUUGGAAGGGAUGGCUGGUGUGAAGAGGGGGAAAUGAGGUUCUGGGAUUUUGGGGGACGCAGGUGAAAAGGCAGGUGAAAAGGCAGCUUUUUUCUUUUUUUUUUCUUUUUUUCCAGAAAUCCUCUGAAAACGUCGGCUUGUGCAACCCCGACCCUGUGAGCUCCAGAGGAGCUGGAGCUCAUCCCACCUGCAGAAUAAAUGCCUUUUUUUCUUUCUGUAGCCCUUGGCCACCUUCUUCUCGUUGUGGCUGGUGGUUUAUAGGAUUGGGGUUGCGCAGGCUAAUGUUUUCACAGGGUUUCUGGCAAAAAAAAUCCCCAGGGGUAUAAACCACAAUGAAUGGUUCUCUGGCGCUGAAGCACUAUGAUUCAUUUUCUGUGCUUUGAGGUGGCAACUCAU